AUGGGACAUAGUCACCGUUCGUCCAUCAUGAUGGGACAUAGCCAUUAUUCUUCUAUCACGAUGGAACAUAGUCACCGUUCGUCCAUCAUGAUGGGACAUAGUCAUUAUUCUUCUAUCAUGAUGGGACAUAGUCAUUAUUCUUCUUUCAUGAUGAGACAUAGUCAUUAUUCUUCUAUCAUGAUGGAACAUAGUCACCGUUCGUCCAUCAUGAUGGGACAUAGUCACCGUUCGUCCAUCAUGAUGGGACAUAGUCAUUAUUCUUCUUUCAUGAUGAGACAUAGUCAUUAUUCUUCUUUCAUGAUGGAACAUAGUCACCAUUCGUCCAUCAUGAUGGGACAUAGUCACCGUUCGUCCAUCAUGAUGGAACAUAGUCACCGUUCGUCCAUCAUGAUGGGACAUAGUCACCGUUCGUCCAUCAUGAUGGAACAUAGUCACCGUUCGUCCAUCAUGAUGGGACAUAGUCAUUAUUCUUCCAUCAUGAUGGGACAUAGUCAUUAUUCUUCUUUCAUGAUGAGACAUAGUCAUUAUUCUUCUAUCACGAUGGAACAUAGUCACCGUUCGUCCAUCAUGAUGGGACAUAGUCACCGUUCGUCCAUCAUGAUGGAACAUAGUCACCGUUCGUCCAUCAUGAUGGGACAUAGUCAUUAUUCUUCCAUCAUGAUGGGACAUAGUCAUUAUUCUUCUUUCAUGAUGAGACAUAGUCAUUAUUCUUCUAUCACGAUGGAACAUAGUCACCGUUCGUCCAUCAUGAUGGGACAUAGUCAUUAUUCUUCUAUCAUGAUGGGACAUAGUCAUUAUUCUUCUAUCAUGAUGAGACAUAGUCAUUAUUCUUCUAUCAUGAUGGAACAUAGUCAUUAUUCUUCUAUCAUGAUGGGACAUAGUCAUUAUUCUUCUAUCAUGAUGGGACAUAGUCAUUAUUCUUCUAUCAUGAUGGGACAUAGUCACCAUUCGUCCUUCAUAAUAAGUGAGGACCACCUUCUUCUGUCCCAGUAUAAGACGAGCAGUCCUCCCAGCAUGAUAUGCGUGAAGCGUCAGUUUAACAAUGCGAUAUAG